CGGAGAAGAGCACUUGUUCACUUUCGUCUCCGACUCGCCCAGACUGUCCCCGACCGUCCCUGGAUUGUAAGGUGAACAAAUCUCAUGUAUGGUUCCGACGUUCAAAAUGACAAUCACUUUUAUAUAUUCGUAUCAGAUCGCAUAAUCUUGUUUAAGACGUCGAGUGUCUUCAUUUUUGAAACGUUAGUUUAAGAAUCUUUUUAAUAUGUCCAACAAAUUCGAUGCUCUCAAAGCGAGUGAUGAAAGUGGCGAUGAAGAUUUUUCGACAAGUAACAAACGACGUAAUAAAGGAGAAAUUAUUGCUCCUGAUAUCAGUUCUAAUGAGCACCAAUUGCAAUAUGCAUAUGCCCUUUGGUAUAGUAGGCGUAACUUAGGCAAACAUAGCAAUAUACAGAGUUAUGAUCAAAAUUUAAAAUUGAUUGGUCGAUUUGCAAGUGUUGAACAGUUCUGGGGCCUUUAUAGUCAUUUAACUAGGCCAUCAGAAUUGACUGCUCACACAGACUUUCAUCUUUUCAAAAUUGGGAUAAAACCUAUGUGGGAAGAUGAAGCUAAUCAAAAAGGUGGCAAAUGGAUUGUGCGUCUUCGCAAGGGAUUAGUGUCCCGCUGUUGGGAAAAUUUAAUAUUAGCUAUGUUGGGAGAACAAUUUAUGGUUGGAGAAGAAAUAUGUGGUGCUGUUGUCUCCAUAAGAUUUCAAGAGGACAUUAUUUGUGUAUGGAAUAAAACAGCGUCUGAUUUUUCAACGACAACCAGAAUCAGAGAUACCUUGCGGCGCAUAUUACAUCUUCCUCCAACUGCUACAAUGGAGUACAAAACACAUAUUGAUAGUCUUAAAAAUGUUAGAUCAUGAAACAGUUUUUAAGACCAAUGUAUGCUGUUAAAUUUCGCCUUUGAAAAAAUUGCUUUUCACCUUAUGAAGAAAUUUUUAUGCUGGUGUAAAUUACAGAAAAAUUGAAUUUUCUAUAACGUAAAAAAGUAUCACUUGAAUACAGUGUAAAUUAUUAAAUAAAGAAGUUUUUAAAUGAGAAUUAUAAAUUUUUUUUAGAGUAUAUGAA